GUACCCAAUCAUCUUCACUUCUUACUUUCGGCUAAGCAGCUAUCUUGCAGCGUCAACUUCGCCACCACAUCAUCGUGGGCUAUCCGAUAGGGCCCCGCGAUGAAUGGAAUGGGCCUAUCCGCCCAUUGCGUAGAUGGAUAUGUCAAUGACCUGUGUGCAUACUUUGGUGCUCUUUGCUGGUACGAACAGACUUCUGCUCGGAUUGUAUCGUUCGGGACUCUUGCACUGAUUUCUUGCACAAACGAGCCUGAGACAAACGUUGUGAUGCCUCGCGUUCUUCAUGUGCUAAUGUCUGCUAUGGAGGUUAUAUCGAGCAUGUUGGGUUCGCGAGAAUCCUGGCACACUGCUGCCACCUUGUAUUUGACAUGGACAGUCGCUCAUGAUGUCUCUUGGUGGUGCUCAACCGCUGGCGGGCAAACGCUCUUAGUUAUAUACCCCAGCAUGUCAAUGUGACGGCUGCACUUAGACUAACACAGGGUACUUAUAUUGAUCCGCGGGCGGAUCAGACUAUGGACGGUUCUCUACAUGCUAUGCUAUAGACAUGAACUUACC